UAUAAGAAAGCGGAAUAUGUACGUGAUUAUUUUCUCUUUUCGUUGGAUCAAUGAUAAUAUUUUCUGUAUAAUUACUAUGCGACUUACAAUUGAUAUAUAAUGACAUUAUUUUCUAAAUAAUUGCAUAAUUUGUUGAAAAUAUUAAGAUGAAAAAAAGAUUAAAAAAUCACUUUUCAACAAUUAAUGCUUUUAUAUCAAUAUAUGCCAAAUUAUAUGAACUAUUUAAUUGUUAUUAGAAAAUAACCUAUUAUGAAGUUAUUAUAGUUUUACGUAUUUGUAUCAGAAAAAUCAGUUUAUUUUUUCGAAAGAAUCUGCGUAAGAUAUGUUCAGACAUGUAUCGCUGCAAGAUUAUAUUGUACACUGUAAUCAUUUCAGGCAUGUUUAGUUAAGAAUUAGUUAAGUUAAUUUAGUUAAUUUAUUGUAAACAUUGUCGAAUCUUUAUAAGAUGUAAGUUUCAGCGGGCAUCGCGCCCGAAGAAAAGAAGAGGUUACGAGCCAAGGAGGCCCGGCAAAUUGUCAUAGAAGAGGGCAACUACUAUAAUGGCUUUCCAUCUUCUGGAUCAUCCAGAGAAUAGAAAGUCAUUCUCGUUACUACUUUGUUACUGUGCUCGCCUAUAGUAUUUGUAGUAGUAUUAGUUGUGAUUUGUUUGUUAGCCAACGUACAUGUUGGCCCAUCGUCAUGUUGGGCUAAUCGCGGUCUUUGAAAUUAGCGUUGCGAGUCUAAAUUUCGUGUUAUCAAUUAGAGUUGCGAAAAAGUACCGAUUUCGGUUUGGAUUAGCGUUACGAUGGAAAGAUGAUCACGUUUGCUUUAGCGUUGCGAAUUAUAAGAUGUCGCGAUUGUUCUUAGUAUUUUCUAUCGUGAAUUAUUAGAAUUUGUCGAAAAGUAAAAUUUGAAUUUGUCGCGUUUUCUUUUAUUUAAAGACGAAUUAAGAUGACACGUUAGUUUUGAAUUAAUUUCGCAGCGUUGCGAUUUGUUACUAUCGCGUAUAGUUGAAUUAUAUUUUUUUUUCAUCUAUAGGUAGUAACUUUAUAUUAAAACCAUUUUAAGAUGUAGCGUUGCGUUGAUUAAUUGUGGCGUUCUUAUACGUAGUGUUGCGUUAAUUAAUUAUCGCGUUUUUAUACGUAGUGUUGCGUCUAUGAAAUGCCCAAAUUUCUUCCACUGGGAUUGAGACAUAUAAUUACUAAUUGUAUCAUAUAAUAUCAUAUAAUUAUGAAUUAUAUAGCAAAUAAUAUGAGUUAAUUGGCUGCUAUUUCGAUCAUAUUGUUUGUUCUAUUUCUAACUCCGCUUUGUGUCAUCGUACAAAAUUAUAGUAAACAAUUAAUUUCUCUUUCUUAGGCAACUUACAAUUAGUUUCAUUAUUGUGCCAUUUUGUCAUUCUUAUACUUGUCUAUCUCGAAUAGAAAAAUAGAUAUGAAGUUCUCCGUAGAACCGUACGAUUAGAUAGGUUCUUGUAGCAUGGAACUUGAUAGAUUCUUGUCCAUGCUAGUGUGCAACCAAACAGGAUAGAUCCCCAAUUUUAUGGGUUCUUGUAUAUGCUAACAUCAAUUAAAUUCAACACUUGGUUGCAUGGUGCAGCACUAGUCCGGGAGCAAGCAGCUCUAUAAGCGUGAGCAUUCUUAUUUCCUCUGGUGAUGUGAACAGGUGUGUGCGGUUUAUCGUGGCGUAGUUCAACAGUUUAACUCCGUUUUCGUUUCAACAAAGACUUUUAAUGCCUUAAGGAAAAGUGUUCUAUACAAUCGAAACAAAAAAUGACAUAUAUUUAUAUAUAUAUAUAUAUUUUUUUGUUUAAACUUCGGUUUAAUGAAUAUAAACGCAAGGAUAUAUACACAUAACUUUUGAAUUGUUGUGAAUCUUAAGUUAAGAAUUGCAUUUUUUGAAUUUUACGCAUUAAAAGUUAUUACAGUAAUUUUAUGUCCAUUAGAAUGUAUUCUUCAAACUUAACAAACCCUUUAACCACGCAAGAAACUAUAAUUGGACUUAGUACGGUUAACUUUCGAUAGAUGCUUAUAAAAGGAAUGAUAAAGAAAUUUCUUGAAUAUACGUAUAUGUACUAUAAUAAUAAUUGAAAAUGGAUACUUCAUGGAAGAACACUCGUGACGCUUUAAAAGACUUUGCAAAUGUGUUGAAGUGUAACAAAUGUGGAAAUGAGCCAAUAAAUGCAACAAGAUACACCAAUUGUGGUCAUUUCUUUUGUAAACAGUGUGUUGGGAAUGAUUCACUAUGUAUAAUAUGUAAGACACCUGUACAACCCAUUGAAACAUGUAGCGAUCAUCUAAUUGAGAGUCUUGUAUCUCAUUGCAAUAAUAUCGCAGAAAUAAUACAGGAAAGAGAUUUAUGGAAUAUAGCCACAACUUCAAAUUCGAUACAGUCACCUAACAGAACCAAUUCUACAUUAUGUAAUUUAAAAUAUCGCAUACCAAAAAAAAAUAUCAAUAAACAGAACAGUAAAGGAGAAACACAAUUACAUACUGCGUGUUUGAAGGGGAAGAUACAAGAAGAUCACAUAAAAGUUCUAUUAGCUGCUGGUGCAAAUCCAAAUACAAAGGAUUAUAAUGGUUGGACUCCUUUGCAAGAAGUUGUAAGUUAUGGUCAUACCAAUAUAUGUCAGUUACUAUUAGAAUGUGGUGCAUUACCAAAUACACCUGGUGAAGGAAACAGAACAGCGUUACACGAAGCUGCUAAAGCAAAUAGAUUGUUGGAAGCAAAAAUGCUAUUAAAAUAUUCAGCUAACAAAAAUGUGUAUGAUGAUUAUGGAAGAAAACCUAUAGAUUAUUGUCAGCCAUACAGUGAGAUGUGGAAUAUUUUGAAAGAUGGAAAUGAAUUGGAUAAUGUACUUGAAACCACCAUAGAUCUUAGUCAUACUUUAAAUAAAUCACUUUCCAUGACAUUCGAUAUGGUUGUUAUAUAUGUAUCAGAUUUACAAGAAGAGAAUAAAAGACAUUUGAAUGAAAUAGCGUCAAAGAAUAAAAUUAAAAUUGUAUCUAGAUUUCAAUCAUCUGUGACUCAUGUCAUAGUAGAAGCUAAUAGUGAAAAUGUCGUACAACUGUCAUACGACGUAAUGAUAGCACUUUUACAUGGAGCUUGGUUACUUAAUACCGAGUGGAUUCAAUUAGGAAUGGAUAUAAGCGAAAUACUAAAAGGAGAUUUAGAAAUAUUCGAAGUUAGUGGUACACCGAUUAAAGGUAUCCCAAAGAAAGCUAGAGAAAAUGCACAAAAACAGAAUCCCGGUCUCUUCAAUCGAUGUUAUUUUUAUUUUGCGUGGCAGUCAAAAAACAUUUAUGCAAAUGGUAUGCAAUUAACAAAAGAGGCAUUAAUAGCACUAGUACAAGAGGGUGGUGGAACAGUUUUGAAAAGAGAACCAAAUCCAGAAAAUAUAAAGGACCAGGGAUUAUUUAUUCCUUUUCACGUUGCGAAUGAACCUACUCAUUCUUUAUAUAAAUGUACACAUUAUAUCAUAUAUGUACCAGAAAGAGAUGAACCACGUAUAAAAUAUAAUAUGCCUCAUAUAAAAACACUUCCGCUUAUAUGGCUAAUUGAAUGUAUAGAAAAAUUUACAUUAAUUGAUCCAUCGCAAUUAGGUCUACUUAAACUUUAAUUAUUAACAUGUUUUGUAGCUAUAAUUGCUGUACUAGAACUAAUGAAGAAGUGCUAUUAACUAGUAAAGUGUAAUUUUUAUAUUGAAUAGAAUAUCGUAUAUUUUGAUAUAAUUAAAUAUGUUAGAGAAUUUGAAAAAUGUGACGAAUUAUUUAAAUAUACUAAAAAAAAUUUGUUUUUACAAUUAAUAGUCAUGUAGAAUAUUGAAACAAAUAAUAGGAUUUCAAGUUAUUUUCUUGUUUGAACUUUUUAAAGAGACGUAUGUUAAUGUACUACUAUGAUUACGAAGGAUUGACCGUUGCGCAAAGAACGAUAAAUUCCAAAGGGAAAUAUCGUACGGUAUCCCGUACAUUUACGGGUAAAGUACCGCUAGUCGUGCACAUAUACUUACAUAUACAUGCGGUGAGAAAGAGAGAACGGAAGAAAAAAGUUAUAGGGGAAUGAGAGAGAGGCAAAGAGGAAGAACAGUGCGAACAUGAAAGAUAGGGAAAAGAGAGAUUCUAAUAUAGUUAAGAUCAGAUAAUAAGGAAAAUCGAAUAUAAGUAAAAAUUAAUAAAUUAGAGCAUACAUAAAGCUAUAAAUAACAUAAGACAGUAAUUAAAUUUAAUGAAAGAAAACCGAGUAUAACGAUAAUCAUCGGGAUGGUUUACGCCUAUUUGUGUUAUAUGUUAAUGCUAUUACACUAAUUUUAUUAAUAAUAUAUGCUAGCAAAUAGCUCAUUCUUCAUGGUUUGUAAAUAUACUUUGAUUCAAAGCUGUUUGUUAAUGUAUUGUCAAAGAAGCGAGUAAGGUAAACAGGAAAGAAACAUGUACAUAUUACGGAUUACUAAUAAAUUGUAAUAGCAGAAUUGUUCAUAUUUAAAA